CGUGGUAGCGCGUGUAUCUCCGUUCGUUCCUCCGUUCCGUCGUCGUCGUUGUCGUCAGCGUACGGUCCCGGUGUGUGUUGUGACCUGUUCUCUUGGGCUUGGAAGCCGUUCUCAAGGUGCCAGCGUUGUUCUGAUCAGCAUAUUGCAAAAAAAAAGAUUGAGCUCACGCGAGAUCCCCAAGCACCAGCAGCAGCAGCACCAGCAACCAGAAAGGAAGUCAAAGUUGGCGCUGGAGUGAAAAUGUCACAGCGGCCCGUGUCAUCACCAGCCGCCCUCCGGUGGUAAUGGAGAAAAUAAUUUGUUUCAUCCAACGCAGCAAGCAGCGAGAAAUUUGUGUAUAAAUUACAGCAGCAGCAGCAGCAACUAGGAACCGUUGCUGCUUCGUGGUCGCUUUCUUCGUGGCACAUUCGUGGCGGAAACCGAAUAUUGCGUGCAGUCGGACAAGGCAAGGAAAAAGGGGCGCGUUGGGUGCAUGAUAUCGCAUCGCGCAUCGUUUGGUGUUAUUAGUUUGGAGUUUUGAGUGGAAGAUGAUGUGAAUGGACCGAACAACCGAAUCCACGCCGAAAGCCUGAAAGCGGAACGCACCCCAAAGGGGACAGCAGGACACAAAUCGAAGAGCAGUGUGUGCUUCGUUUGCACACGCAUACGGUUGCUGAGUGCGUGUGUUUGUGACAAAGGUGAAGAGAGGUACGGUUCCUCCUCCCGGGUAGGGGGGUUGCAUCGCACAUCGACGAAUCGGAUUUUUCCGUUUCGCGUUGUUGUCCCCUCGACGUCGUCGUCGUCAAUUGCGCGCGAUCCUCCAUUUUGUUUAACGUACGCGCCCGGUCUGGUGCGGUGCGUUGCGUGGCUUGGUCGUGUGGCCUGGGGUGGUACAUGCGUUCGAUCGUGUGUCGUCGUCGUCGUCGUCGUUUGCUCUUCGCAGCAGCAACAGCAGCAACCCAUCCUCAGCAUUGAUCUGCAUAACAGGCAGACGGAGAGUUCGAGUGAGAGAGAGCGAGAGAACACUGUGAGUGAGUGAGCGUGACGGGAAGCAGUGAGAGCUAAUGCGCAGCCGCGGUGGUAAUCGGACACGGUAAAGAGAUAAGUGCAGCAGUAGCAGGAGCAGCUUCGACUCCGGGAACAACCAUGCACGGCAUCAGAGGAAGCUGUGCGGUGACGAUGGACGGUGCGAGUGUCACUGGGAAGCAGCAGCAACAGCAGCAGGCGCUGGAGCAGCAGUGAAAACUAACGGCAACGACAAUCCCAGUAGCCGGUGACCUCCGGAGUGCUAUUAACUCAUCCCAAAAAAAGGACCUUUCUCUCUCUCUCUCGGGCGUAUUGCGCGAGUGAACGAAAGUGUGCGUUUUUUUUCCGAGCCCGGAAGUUUCGAAACGAGUGUGUGUUUCGUUGUAAGUGUGCUUCGGCGGAGUGUGUUUUUGUGUUAAAGUGUACGUGCGCGCGUGUGUCUGUGUGCCACAACCGUUGUGUGACGCGAGGUCAGCAGCAGCAGCAGCAGCAGCAGCAAGAAUCCUUCAUCAUCACCGAACGUAAGGAGGAAUCGCAGCAAUCAUGGAUAUGACAUCGGCAGCGGAAGCGCGCAGCUGGUACGAUAACCAGCGGCUCGGUGGCUCACCGGGCACGUCGGCCGCCCUCGGCCACCAGACAGCGGCCGUCGAUCCGUCCGAGAUGAAUCCGUUCUAUCCGCUCGAGAACGGUUCGCAUCGACGCUACUACCCGACCAGCUACGGACCCCACGCAUCCCGCAUGAGCUCAUCGCACGUCUCGCCACAGGUGUGCCGGCCCCACUUCCACGGACCACUGUCGUGGCUGAGCGACCCGCCAAAGCCGAUCGCCUCGGGCAGUGCCUGGGGCAGCCCGUUCGCCUGCCCCCAGGACCCACAGGACAAGCUGGGGGUGCAGGUGCAGGGACCGGGCCAGUCCGGUCAGCAUCUGUUCUCGUUUCCACCGACCCCGCCCAAGGACUCGACGCCCGACUCCGUGCAGACGGCACCGGCCGAGUAUCAGGCGACCAUCAACGCGUUCAUGCACCAGGCGCAGGUCGUCAGCUCCAACAAUGGGCUAGGGGGUGGCGGAGGCAUCGGCGGCAGCACAGGCGGAGGCGGUGGUGGUGGUGGUGGUGGUGGUGGUGGAGGCGGUGGCCAUUCGUCCGAGGGUGGCUGCGGGCUGGACGUCAAACCUUGUCUCACCGGUGGCAACGGAUCGAGUGGCGGUGGUGCCGGCGGAACCGCCGGAGGUCAAAACCAACCAAAGCAACGAGAAGGUACGAUCGGCGGCAGUAGUGGAUCGAGUGCGGGAGGAAGCGGUGGCAGCGGCGGCCAUGGUGGCCAAUCAGUGCCCGGAAGUGUUGGCGGACCGCAUGGCCAUGGUGGUGGCGUUGGUCAAAACACUUCCGGCGCUGGCACCGGUGGUGGGCUGUUUGAUGGUGGUGUGUCGGCGGCACAAUCGGCGGCGUAUGUGGGGGGUUACGAUACGAGCGGUGGGUACGGUGGUUACCAUCAUA